GUUAUUUUCAUAGUGUAUAAUUCUGUAUAGUUUAUGUGUAUUAUAUGAACUGCAUUCACCUAUCGCAGCAGUGCUGUCGUUUGCCAACGCAACGUUUUUCCUAUUACAAUCACAAUGAACAUCGGCAACACUUCGGGCAAUCGUGUGAAGACUACGAACAAUGAUUUUCAAAUAGUCAGGACGGGUCGUUACAAAGUGCCUCGUCCUAAAGUCUUCAACCCAUCGACGUCCUCCAUUUCCUCUCCGGGUCCAUCUCGGCCAAUUAACUUCGACAGCGCACGUUUGCCGUUCCGCCCGGAUUGGACGCCGGUUACGAGUGGAUCUGCGGCUAUCAGAGGAACGCCGGCCACUAGAACCGAUAUAGCCUCUCCCGCUGUUCGACUAGCAGCCAAAAACAAUAGUAGUUGUCUUGAAGUACUGAUGAAAGCCAAAAGCAGUGAUCCGGAAUUGUCAAAAAACAAAAUUCACCAGCAAGUCGCGAAUUUGGUGGCCUGUAGCACGCCGCGCCAACUCAUCGCGCCCAUAAUGUCGACUAAUGAGUUACAAAGUACUUUUAGUGAAAAUCUAGAAGCCAGACGCAUAGAGAAUCACGUUAAACAACCGUCAACGUCAACAACGUCGAAACCAUCAGAAACUACUAAAACUACCACCUUGACCAAUAGCGUGAUUCUGGUCCUAACCAUCGGAAGGUGUUCAGCGCAGGGUGAGGUCGGGUUAGCAUCAAUCGAUUUAAAACGACCAGUGUUAACCCUAUGCCAAAUUAGCGAUACACAAAAUUAUGCAAAUACGAUUACAAAGAUUAACAUUUUCAACCCCGCCGAGAUUGUUGUACCAGACACAUUUAUGGAACAAGUUCAAGGAACGGUCAUUUAUGAAAUAAUCAAAAGUCAAUUCCCAUUGAGCACGAUGAUAACGGCGUCGCGAAAACAUUUUUGUGAAAAUCAAGGGAAAAAAUAUUUGAAAAAUGCUGUUUUACCAGAAUGUUUAUCGAUAUUGGAACAAACGUUAACUAAAUAUUAUGCGGUCUCUGCUGCAGCAGCGUUAUUCAAACAUAUUGAAUUCAAUCACAAAACGGUUUUUUCUUCCAACACAUUACAACUCGAAUACGUCGGAGUAGAAAAAUCAAUGUUUAUUGAUACAAACACGGCGAUAAGACUGGAACUGGUGUUGAAUAGUACAUCGAUUAACCCAAAAAAUUCGCUGUACGGCGCGUUGAACUAUUGCAGUACUAUCGGAGGUCGAAGGAGACUUAGGUCUUGUAUACUACAACCGUCCACCGACAUUCAGCUGAUACACGACAGGCAGACGGCCGUAGAAGAGUUGAUGGUCACCGAAGAAGGCGAUUUAAAAUUACUGAACAACACCAUGGAUAAAUUUUCGGACGUUGAAAAACUAUACUGGCUGUGCACCAAAGUGCCCAAGGACAGUUUAAACAUGUCGAAAUUGCAGGGAAAUUACACGUUGCAGCUGAAGUCUACGUUGGACGUAUUGCCGGUACUGGUCGAUAUUUUGAAACCGUUCAAGUCUCAUUACAUACGACAAAUCCGGAAGGCGCUUACUGACAGCGGUUAUUCGAAAAUGCUUCAAAUCGUCGAAACCACCAUAAACAAAGAAGCUACGCGAUCACGAGGGUAUUCACAGUCGCAGUUUCAACGUUGUUUUGCCAUUAAAACAAAUUUAAAUCCCCUCUUGGACAUAACUCGCACUAACUAUUCGGAACUAAUAAAACGAUUUCACGAUAAAGUCAACGAGUUGGGAGAACAAUUUCAAACGGACGGUUUGAUCCCAAACAAUUCCACAAACAGGGGUUUCCAUGUUCAACUAAAUUUGAAGAACGUCGGACGCUUCGAUGUCAAAAAUCCACCCAGUAUAUGUAAACAAGUGGAACGGACCAAAAGUGUUCUUAGGUUUACAACAAACGAAUUGAUCGAGCUGAAUUAUCGUAUUAACCAAACGCUGAUCGAAGUUGAAAAGUUGACUAACGAAAUUUUAUUUGAAAUGUUAAAAGAGCUUAGGAAGUAUAUCGGCCGUGUGUACGACUUGUGCAACGGCAUUGCGGAUUUAGACUUGGUUUUGUCGUUUGUUAAAUUCAGCAAAAAACCGGGCCUGUGCAAACCAACUUUUGGCCAAAAUAUCGAUAUUGUUAACGGCAAGCAUCCAAUAUUGGAGCUGAUCAGUGUACCCGUCGGAAACGACGUAUUUGCUUCUACCGACAAGAAUCUUACAAUUAUCACCGGACCAAAUAUGGGCGGAAAAAGUAUCUACAUACGACAGGUGGCUCUACUACAAAUCAUAGCUCAAAUCGGUUGCUAUGUGCCAGCUGCAAGUGCCCAAUUUCGCAUGUGUGAUAGAUUGCUAACAAGACUCGGUUUCGGCGACAGCAUCGAAUCGAACGCCUCUACUUGGGUAUUAGAGAUAAAAGAAAUUAAUGGUUUUCUACCUGUACUGUCGAACAAUAGCUUAGUGAUAAUUGAUGAGCUAUGCCGAGCCACAACUUCCGAAGAAGGAUCCAGUUUGGCGUGGGCGAUUUGUGAACACCUAAUGCAAUAUCGAGCAUUCAUUUUUAUCGCCACCCACAGCAUUCUUUUGACCAAACUCCAAGACCUGUACUGCAAUGUUCAAAAUUUUCACAUGGAAGCGCUGUCGGAUUCAGAUAACGGACUUUGCUAUACGCAUAAACUUAAGCCAGGAGUAACGCGCAUCGAUCACUACGGACUGGCCUUAGCGAGGGAUAUCAAAAUGCCAGAAAACUUGGUCGACUAUGCGUCGGAAAUCGAAAAAUGUUUAUUCAACACCGAAUCGGCGCUAGCUGAUUCUUCUCCUAAUGCAGCGAAUAGAAUAUUGGACGAUUUUGUGGUGGAGUUAUUGCGAUUGAAAGAUAAUGAACUCAUCAAUCCGGAUAAAGUCAGUGAUCUUGCAACAAAAAUGAUUGAAGAGUUGGAGAAAGAUUUCCAAGUAUCGAUUAAUUGCUCGGAUUCGUCCAACGACAUCAUGGAUACGAUUUGAAGUCUAAAAUAUAAACAAAAUUCAAAACUUAAUUUAUUUCACUUCUUCAUUA